AUGUCUGCCUAUGGCAGCGAGUCUUUCUUUUACAUGAUUCGUGAAGGAAUUGCUAUUCCCGAGCCUCAUCUCUCCUACCAAAAGGAUGUUAGCGAGAAUGAUAGUGCUGGAAGUGAUGCUUUGGUCAACGAAGAGAUGAUGAGUGAUGAUAAAAGCGAUAGUUACUGGCUACGGGCCAUCUGA